AUGGCCGCCAACCCAGGAGAGGAUUCCCUCUCGCCGCUGAUCCAAAAAUGGCUCGAGUGGGACCAGGAUCCCACCACCCGCGGGGAAAUUGAGCGGCUCCGCGAUGCGGGCGAGUUGCCGGAGCUGCAGCUGCGCCUGCAAAAGAGAAUCCAGUUUGGAACCGCCGGUCUCCGGGGUCGGAUGGCAGCAGGCUUCUCUUGCAUGAACUCCUUGACCGUCAUCCAGGCUUCCCAAGGCCUGGCCAUGUACCUGAAGAACCACCACGCCGACAUUGCGUCCUAUGGUGUCGUCAUUGGUCAUGAUGCUCGCUACAAUUCCGCCAAGUUUGCUGCCCUGGCCGCCAAUGCUUUCAUCUCACAGAAGAUCCCGGUCUGGUUCUAUUCCGAGCCUUCUGUUACUCCAACGGUGCCUUUCGGUGUAACCCAACUGCAUGCCGCUGCAGGCAUCAUGGUUACGGCAAGCCAUAAUCCGGCACAAGAUAAUGGUUACAAAGUCUAUUUCAAAAAUGGCGCUCAGAUCAAUUCCCCCAUGGAUGCGGAGAUAGCCCGAUCCAUCGAGGAGAAUCAGGUCCCUUGGCCUAACGCAUGGAAGGAUCUGCAGCCGAGUGAAUACCUGCGCGCGAAAUCUUACGACAAUCUCCUGCCGCACUACAACACGGCAGUGUGGCAAUACGCUACAUACACUGUCCGGGAAUGGAAGCAGCCACAGCCUUUUGUGUAUACUCCUCUGCACGGUGUCGGAGGCCUGGUAUUCCCUAGCUUGUGCCGUUCAGUUGGUAUCAAUGAUUUCACGGUUGUCGCAGAGCAAGAGAAACCGGAUCCGGACUUCCCCACGGUGGCUUUUCCCAAUCCUGAAGAAGCAGGGGCACUCGAUCUCGCGAUGCAGACGGCAGAUCGGGAGGGCAAGGAUCUCAUCAUAGCACAUGACCCAGAUGCAGAUCGCUUCGCUGCUGCUGAGAAAGUGAACGGAUCAUGGUUCAACUUUACCGGAAAUCAUCUCGGAGUGCUUCUAGCAUCACACCUAUUCGAUUCGCUGGAGACUAUCGACAGCGAUACACGAAUCGCCGUGCUGAACUCGGCCGUCUCUACGUGCAUGCUAGAGAAAAUGGCAAAGGCCAAGGGCAUGCAUUACGAAGAAGCCUUGACCGGCUUUAAGUGGAUGGGCAACAUAGCGCGCAGACUGGAGGAGCUGGGAUACUAUGUCCCGUUUGCUUUCGAAGAAGCUCUUGGCUACAUGUUCCCGGAGGUGUGCUAUGACAAGGACGGCAUUUCCGCCGCUAUGGUUUUCUUGCUGGCCGAAGCCAAAUGGAAGGCACAAGGACUCACCCCAUAUAUGAAGCUUCAGCAACUUUUCAAGGAACAUGGACACCACGAGACUCUCAAUACCUACGUGCGUUCGUCAAGCAUUGAUCUCACAAUGAGCCUGUUCCGGAAAAUUAGGUCUGGGCCUUUCAGCGCUGGAAAGUCCUUCGGUGCAUUUAAGAUUCUGAGGUGGCGAGACCUGACGGAGGGUUAUGAUUCCGGAACAGACGACCACCGCCCGACGCUCCCAAUUGACAAGAGCAGCCAGAUGCUGACACUAUGGCUGGAUCGGGGUGUUAGAUUCACCAUCCGUGGCUCAGGCACAGAACCUAAAGUCAAGAUCUAUAUUGAAAGCAGCGGGUCUUCGCGAGACCAGGCCGUCGAGGCUGUCCGUGAUACAUUCCUGACUGUCCUAAAAGAAUGGGUUGAGCCUUUUGCCCCAUCAAUGACCUACAGCAAGCAACAAAUUACCUCCUCUGGCACUAUCUUCCAGGUGGAGUGA